AUGGAGUGCCUUGCUCCAUAUAUUCCUCCGGCCCUGUUGCCGCUCAUUGAGCGCGCCCAGGAGCAACUCCAGGGUCAAACGCACGCGCUCAGCAUCGCCGCCCUCUCGCUGAGCGCCAUUUUCCUUAGCUACCUCUUCAUUGCAGGUAGCCGGGAAUCGCCCGUGUCGUUCACAGUACCAAAUCCUCCUGAAAUUAGCCCCGACUGGAAUGGAACAAAAUGGGAAGACCUCCCCGAGGGGAGCCAGGAGAGAAAGGUCAUUGAGGGGCAGGUUCGUGGGCAAUGGAACGAGAACCUGAUUAUGAGCUACUGCCCCGCAGAUGGACGAGUACUCGGCACCGGAAUCAAGCCUGCGACAGCGGACGAUGUCGAUCGCGCUAUACAGGCAGCGAAGAGAGCGCAGGAACAAUGGGCCACCACUACCUUUGCGGAAAGGCGGCGGGUGUUAAAGACUCUGCUCAAAUAUGUUCUGGACCACCAAGACGAGAUCGUGAUCGCCGCCUGCUUGGAUUCGGGAAAGACCAAGGUCGACGCAACGUUUGGAGAGACGCUCGUGACGGCAGAGAAAUUAAAAUGGACAAUUGACCACGGCGAAAAGGCGCUGAGCCCCGAAUCGCGACCUACGAAUUUCCUCAUGAUGUACAAGAAGAACCAGGUUAUCUACGAGCCUUUGGGUGUAGUGUCGGCAUGUGUCUCUUGGAACUACCCGUUCCAUAACUUCAUCUCGCCGGUGAUCAGCGCCAUCUUUGCGGGUAACGGAAUUGUGGUGAAGCCCUCUGAGCAGACUUCUUGGUCUUCGGUGUACUAUCUCGACAUCAUCCGCGGCGCGUUAGAAAGCUGUGGCCACUCCCAAGACCUCGUCCAGAGCGUCGUGUGCUUGCCCAAGGUCGCCGACAAGUUGACUUCCCACCCCGACAUCGCCCAAAUUACAUUCAUUGGCUCGCGCCCGGUAGCGCACAAAGUCUGCGAGUCCGCAGCAAAGGCAUUGACGCCAGUCACAGUCGAACUCGGCGGAAAAGACCCCUCCGUCAUCCUCGACGACAGCCGAACCAUCAGCGAAGUAACCUCCAUCGCCUCGGUCCUCAUGCGCGGUGUCUUCCAAUCGGCCGGCCAAAACUGCAUCGGCGUUGAGCGCGUCAUCGCCCUCCCAGGCGUCUACGACAAACUCCUCGACACCGUCUCCUCCCGCAUUAAGAACCUCCGCCUCGGCUCGAUCCUCCUAGACACAAAACCCAACAACCCUAACCAGAAACCUGGUGCCCCUGACGUAGGAGCCAUGAUCUCUCCCGCCUCCUUCUCCCGCCUCGAAUCACUCAUCCAAGACGCCGUCAACCAGGGCGCUCGCCUCGUUGCCGGCGGUCAGCGCUUCGAACACCCCACCCAUACCCUCGGACACUACUUCACACCGACGCUCCUCGCGGACGUCACGCCGUCCAUGGAAAUCGCGCAAACCGAGCUCUUCGCCCCCGUCUUCCUCAUGAUGCGCGCUUCUUCCGUGUCCGACGCAAUUUCCAUCGCAAACUCCACCGAGUACGCCCUCGGUGCCUCUGUCUUCGGGUACAACUCGCAUGACGUAGCUGCGUGUGUAGCGAAUAUCAAGGCAGGCAUGGUCUCCGUCAACGACUUCGGCAGCUACUAUGCCGUGCAGCUUCCCUUUGGCGGUGUCAAGGGUUCCGGGUAUGGUCGGUUCGCGGGUGAAGAGGGUCUCAGGGGCGUGAGUAAUAUCAAGGCUGUCUGUGUUGAUCGGUUCCCACGCCUCAUGGCGACGAGAAUCCCGCCGCGGGUUGAUUAUCCGAUUUACAAAGGUGAAGGCGACAAGCAGAAUGGGAAGGGUGCGUUUGAGAUGUGUAAAGGGGUUGUUGAGACGGGCUAUCAGAUUACCCUUGCCGGCAGGGUUAAGGGGAUCUUCCGGCUGUUGGGGAAUAUGUGA